AGUGUACCCCUGGCCCAACGGAGCAGUAAGCGAUGGCGGGGGACACCUCAACCGAGCUUCUUUUUCUUGACACUUUUAAACACCAGAGUGCAGAGUUGACCAACAUCGAUGUGGUGCGGUUUCCUUGCGGGGUGUUGAUCACAGAGGUGCGGGUGAUUCCUCCGGGCAUCAAAGCACACAGCAACUUACCUGACAGCAGAGCAUUCGGGGAGACGUCACCUCAUUCUUUCCAGUUGGAUUUAUUCUUCAAUAAUGUCACCAAACCCAACAAUCACGUGUUCAACAGACUGGGCAGUCUGGAAUAUGACGAGAACAAGUCCAUCGUGUUCAGACCCACGUCACAGGUGAACACAGACGGCUUAGUGCUGCGUGGCUGGUACACCACUCUGACUGUAGCAGUGUACGGGACAGCAGAUCGCUCACAUGGACCUGUUGCAGGCUCCCCCCCUCCUCCUCCACCUCCCCCACCUCAACAGCAAAGCGGGCCCAAGCGGAUCAUCAAACAAGAGUGGGAAAAAGAUGAGCAGUACAAUGGCAGCCCACCCAGACCUGCACCAAGGGGACCUCGUACUCCGCCUGGUCCUCCGCCCCCAGAUGAUGAUGAUGAAGAGCAGGUCCAAGUGACGGUGGGCCCGGUCAAAGUGGAGCCAAUAGAGGGCCGAGAAGACUACCUGGAGGCCGUGUCACCUGAGAGAUCGCUGCCUGCUGACGAAGCAUACUCAGAUGCUGAACAAGAGGAAGAGGGCGAUGAGGAGGAGCCAGAGGAGGAAGAAGAUGCACGGACUGAGGGGAGUGUCCCGGAAGAGGAGGAAGAAGAAGAGGAAGAUGAGGGUGAGGACGAGGAGAUGGAGGAAGGUGAUGACGGCUACGAGCAGAUUUCCAGUGAUGAGGAUGAUUUGGAUAAUGGCAGUUUCAAGCUGCCCACGUUUGACAUGGAAUACACUCCUGAGGACCUGGCCUCUGUCCCACCUGUCCAGUUUGACCCAUAUGAGCGAGAACUUAGACCCCUGAUCUACUUCACCCCUCCGUACAAGACUCGCUUUGAUACCCAGUUUGAGAAAGCCAUUGUGGAAGAGCCCAUGGACUCUGCUGGUACAGAAGGACCAGCAGUGGAUAAUGAGGCAGACGCUGUUGCCCAGCUCAAAGAGCUGCUGACCAGUUUUGGAGAGGACAGGGAUGCCCGCUGGGUCCCCGCUCUAGAAGAGGCCCCUGCCCUACUGGCCAAAGGCCUCGCUCAUUUCAUCAAACAAGGAGAGGGCGAGCUGGAGGAACCUGUUGGAGUUUUAGCACAAUGGGCGCUCCAAGCUCUGAAUAUGGAGAUUGCUCUGAAACAACCCAUUGCUCUUAAUCUCAGACAAUUGAAAGCUGGUGCCAAGCUACUAUCACAGCUUGCCGAGUGCCCACAGGGCCUCUCGGUGCUGCUGCGUGAAGGGGCUCUCGGUGUGCUGCUGGAGCUCAUCCAAGCGGACCAUGUCUCCUCUACACUGAAGCUGAGCAUCCUGAGAGCUUUGGGGGCUCUGACCAGUAUUCCCGCUGGAGCAGAGGCUUUCCUACAUGCAGGAGAGUCGGAGAAGAGUGGCUAUCAGCGUUUAGUCCACAUGUUCCUGCGUGAAGAAACAGUGAGAGUCAUUACUGCUGGCAACGCGAUUUUACAGAAGAGCCACAUGUAUGAGGUGCUGGUCGACCUGCAGCGGGCAGCAGCAACAUUGAGUGAACCACAGCAGGAGGAGAUGGAGGACUCUGAGAUCCCCAUGGAAGAGGAGCCGUCCCUGAACUCGUCCCCUGUGAGCGAGGCUGAGCUGGAUCGGCUGGCAGGGGUUUUGGAAGAGUUACAUCACCUGCUAGAGACGGCCCCUUACUGCAUGGUGCAGCCACCUGUCAAAGCCUUCCCCACCAGUGCUAGAAUAACAGGGCCACAGGAGAGGGACGAUCCAUACCCGACACUGUACAGGUAUAUGCAUGCGUGCCACUUCCUGGAGAGCACGGUGGCCGUGUUGUCAGCGGCUGCAGCGGCCGGUCACCUCGGGGUCACCCAGGCUGUCCGGGAGAUCCUCCGCUUCCUGUCGCUCACACAGUCAGGACUGCUCUUCCUUCUCGCUCAGCCCACUCCCACCAACCUGCUGCUGCGUCUCCUGGCGUCAAUGGUAGAAGCAGAGUGCGAGGACACCACCUUUACAGGGGGAGAGGGAGGGGUCACGGGGCCAGGGUUCGGGGAGGAGGGCUUUGGCGUGUGGCUGAUGCAGGCUCUGCACGCUCUGCAGAGUGUGUCCGAGCUCAUGAGCCAUGUGGCUGCAGGAGGAGAGGGGGGGGUUGGGCUAGAGGAAGGGGACAACCCGGAGGUCCUGGGCAUGCUUCAUGCCCUCUACCUGAUGACCUUCACUCAGACCGGCCGCAGUGCAGUGGCCCACGUCUUCAGCCUGGAGAACAACCUGUCGUGUCUGGUGACCCUGCUCCAGCACCACAGCAAGGACGGACAGGGUGAGGCCAAAGCUCGCAAAGCAGUGACCUAUAACUACGCCUGUAUGCUGGUGCUCCUCGUGGUGCAGACCUCCAACGACCUGAGGACGAUGGAACAAUAUGCCGCUCCACUGGUCGCUAUAGCCAAGGCUGACGACACCAAUGCCAAGUUACAGGAGCUUGGCAAAUGGCUGGAGCCUCUGGAUAAAAUACGCUUUGAGAUCGGCAGCAUUCCCGUCCUCAUAGAUUACAUCAAACAGAAUGUGGAACAUGUGUUGACUGCUGAGGGAACUGGCAUGGUGUCUGCUCUCAGGGUCCUGUGUCACAUCGCCUGCCCCCCGCCUGCUGUAGAGGGUCAGCACAGGGUAGUAAUGGGUGUGCUCGAUAUUUAA